AUGGGUGGUGGUGGUGGUGGUGGUGUGGGCGGCUCGGAUGUCUGCCAAGGACCGGCGCCUGCUGCAGAUGAUCCUGGUGAUCUUUCGGCGCCUUCCUGGUGUGCUACCUGCCCAUCACCGUGGCCAAGACCUUCUUCCGCAACAAGGACUGGCACGCGCUCAACAUCGCCGCCUACGUGCUCGUCUACCUCGCCUCCUGCGUCAACCCCAUCAUCUACGUCGUCAUGUCCUCCGAGUACAGACAGGCCUACACCGAACUGCUGUGCUGUCGGCGCGGGUCCGGCGCUGGCGGCAGCGGCAGCGGCGGCCAAGACGGGGCAGCGGCGGCUGCGGCGGGGGCGGGGCGGUGGGGCGGCGGCGGCUGCUGUGGCGGACGGGCGGCUGCGCGAACCCGCUCGCCGAGAGCCUGACGCCACGCCCCGCCCCCGACCUCUCCACCGGCCCGCCAGAGCGCUCUAGGGGCGGCCGCCACUAACUACCUGGCCAGACGCGCUGCGCUCUGGCGCCGGCGGAAGGAGAACUCUGUGGUGCCCGUGGACCGUCGGGGAUGGGGGAUGAUGGCGUGAGAGACGUAGUGACUGAAGAAAGACCUUUCGCUGUGUUGUCGGUGUAAAUAAUAUAUGAUAUUUGCGGUUGUUUUUUUUUUUUACAUCUUCGGUCCUGUGAAGUGUCGUACUGUCGUAGCAUGUUUUGAUCGUGUUGGAAUAUUGUCGUGUUUCGUAUGUUAAUUUUUUGUUACCGCUUUUAUUAUUAAAAUGUAGUUGCUGGCAUUUAUUGUACCACAAUAAAGUGUUCACGAAUUUUGCUGUUUCACUUUUACUGCUGCUGCCACCUUCUUUAACAGUUGUAUACCAAUGGGGGGGUGACCGAGAGGACCUAGGAUCGACUCCCGACGCUGCGCAGAGGUCUAAAAGGCGAAUCUCAGCGGAGCCAGACCCUCCCUCCCCAACAUUUUAUAAUCGACUUUUUGUUUAGUGAAUUUGAUCCUCAAUGUUAGUAGAAUAAAAUUUAUUAGUUGGUUUAUUUUUGCUGCUCGCGUUUGCCAUCUUGGGAGAGACAAUUUCUUACCUUAACUUCAAGGAAGCGCUACGCGAGUUUUGUCGCUUUUGACAGAUACCCGAAGAUACAAAAGUGCAUGCUUUGUUCCGAAUGAAAGGUGAAUGCGAAGCUCUUCAUAUGGAAGUUGCUCAGUCAAAUUACGGCGUGCGUUCUGUAGUCAUCCACCGUCAUCUGUUUCCCGUUGCGCGCAGAGACGUCAAAUAUGAACUACUGUGUUUUGUGAAGGACAAGCUUAUUACGAGAAAUGCGAAGAAAGAACGGAGAAACUACGAGGAGCCCAACUUCAUUAAAAGGUAUUCUAGGUGGUCAGAUGUUGCUGUUCAAUUUCCGGAAAUGACACGCACAAACAAUAUCUCCUAGUAGAAUGGAAACUACUCACCUACCAGUUAAGGCAUCUCGGAGAGCGCAAAAGCUUUAAUGAAUGUACUGAGACGGACAGGAGGAAGCGCAUUCAAACAUUACUUGCAUCGCACUCGAAGGAAGAAAUUGUGUUCGCAGGAAGACAUCCAUUGCGUAAGUCCAGCCAAAGAGAUGAUCACAACAACUCCUACCUGAGCUACACAAUUUUUAAAGCUCUUAAAAAACCAAGUCCUUUUCCAGUACCACUUACUGCCCAAGGAGCUUUGCAUUUAUGGUAGAGAAUAACACCAUGAAGAGGCAAUAUAUUAAUAUUAGAUCGGAAACAAAGAGGUGAAAGUGUCAUAUAUUAUUGCAUCUGUUAUGGGCCUCGACGAAGAUAUAUUCGAAUUUUACAACAAUCCUGACCACAAUAUCUUCCGGUUUUACAAUAAACUCGAAUGCAUUCGAAGAUUACGCUUUAAGUACUGCAAGUCUCUUUACAUCACAUUAUCCAUGCAUUGUAUUAUAUGCCUUCUUCCAUUCACAACGUUUUGAUUCACGGUUAAAAGAUAUUGAACACGCCAUAUUGUCUAUUGCACAAUUAUCUGAGGAAGCUCAAGAAACAAGACAAAGAUGUGAGAAGAUACAGAUGGGGUCAUGCUAGAAAAUGAUCCCGAAGAGAGAACUUAUAAGAUAUUUUCCAUACACUCUCCUGGUAACUUCAGACCCACUGCUUUCACAGACUUAUCAAAGGUUACGAAAGAGAACACUACCAUUUUUGCGGCAGUGUUAAGUUUAUUAAAGUGUGUAUAAUCUCUAUACAAGCCUGAAAAUGAUUCCUCCGAUUUCUCGAAAAUGCGCAUCAGAGUAUUCUGAUUCUCAAUUAUUUUAAAAAACUAAAUGGACCAACCUCAAAUUGUGAUAUUUUGGAAUGUGCUUUAGAUAUUCCUUUUAUUUUUAAUUUUACUAAUGAUUAUCUAGUUACUAUAAUACAAGGAACACUACUUUUAAAGUGUUCUUUAUAUUUAAAAUUAACAUAAAUUCAUUAUUAACAAUAAACAUUAAUCAGUUAAGUGAAGUAUAUUUAAUAUGAAUCAGUUUCACAACCC